AGCCGUGCUGCUUUGAUGCGCGUGCCAGCGACGGGACCAGCUCUCACUCGGAGCAGGCUCGGGUCUCGCCGGCGAUGGGCGACCGCCGGCGCGGAGAGGAAGACCCCGCCCACGAGGGGCUUGCCCGCUCGAGCCCAGACCUCCCCCUCGAGGCAGAGCAGGCGCCAGACAGCUCCAGCGGCGCCCUGCGGAGGAGGCGGCUGUGGAAGGUGCCGGCGCCGAACGGACAGGGCGAGAGGAUCCAGCGCGUCGCCCGCGCCCCUCGGCAACUCGGGCGCGGACCUGGGCCCCGUGCUGAGCGCGCUGCGGGAGCAGGCCGCCGUGCUCGCCGAGAUCCUCGACCGGCUGCCGCCAGCGCGGGGGGACCCUUGCGUUGGGCGGGGCCCCUGCGCCAGAUACGCCCAGGCUGCCGGGAGCUGGGAGGAGCAGUCGGGCAGCAUCAACCUGCGGCAAGACUCGGUGCAGCUGGAGGUGGCACAUGUAGGGUCGGACGAGUCAAUGCACGCUCUGCCCGCAGCAACCCGGAUGCUGUCCACGCCGUCCACUCCGUCCGCCGCGAGAGGGAAGCCCCUGAAGUCCAAGCUUGCAAGCCGCCGCAGGUCACCCAGCAGCAGGCCAUCGAAUCGCAUCAGCAGGUCCAUCCGCCGGGUUGUCGCGUCGCCGACCUUUGACAUAGUUUUCGGCGCACUGAUUCUUCUCAACACCAUCAUCAUGGGCGUCGAGGAGCAGUACAUGGGUUCUCAGGUGGGGUACGAGCUGGGCUUCUAUACUCAUUAUGGCUCUCCCCAGUUUGGAGAUGGAGAUGGUGUUCUUCUUGGCGGUGAUCGCCAUGUGUUCCGCACUGCUGAAAUCGUGUUUGCUGUUAUAUUUUCGUUCGAGGUGAUCCUGCGGAUGGCAGGACUUGGGUGGCAUUUCUUCAGGCGACCUUCCGAGCAUUUUGACCUGGCAGUGGUGGUUUUGUCGGACCUCAGCAUCAUAUUCAGCAGCAUCGAGACUCCCAUCAACAUUCAGCUGCUGCGGCUCCUUCGGGCCACGAAGCUGCUGCGAUUGGUGAAGCUGAUCAGAACCAUCGAAGGGUUCGAUGCGCUUCACCUCAUGAUGACAGCGCUCGGCGCCUCUGCCUGGGCGCUCUGCUGGUCCAUCCUGCUCCUGCUCUUCAUACAGGUGUUCGUCGCCAUGAUCGUCACGAACGUGUUCCGUUCGGCGUACCUUGACGCGCCGACCGACUUGUCCGAGGAGGUCCGACUGGAGUUGUUCGAGUACUUCGGGACGUUCUCCCGCUCCAUGAUGUCGCUCUUUGAGUUGGCAUUGGCAAACUGGCCGCCUAUUUGCCGCUGGCUCAUGGAAAACCUGCAUGAGGGGUUUAUGCUCCUUGCGAUUUCCUUCAAGCUUGUAAUGGGCAUUGCUGUCAUCGGGGUAAUCCAGCUGCUCUUCAUUCAGGAAACUAUUAAAGUAGCGCAUACCGACGACGAUAUCAUGCUCAGGGCGAAGCUGAGGGCCUCCAAGCAGCACCAGCGUAGGAUGGAGGACCUGUUCGCCAUAACGGACGCGGACCACAGCGGGCGGAUCCAGAGGAGCGAGCUGCGCAGAAUAAUGGCGGACAAGAGCAUCGCCAUGUGGCUUGCCUCCAUGGACUUGGAUCCCACCGACUCGGACACGCUGUUCGACCUGCUGAAGGGCCCACCAAAGGACGAGGCGAUAGACAUCAACGAGCUGAUCACGGGUAUCAGCCGCCUGCAGGGUGCCGCACGGGCCAUAGACAUGCGCAAGUUGCUGAUGCACGCAGACCGGCGGCACCUCGCGGGCCUUAAGAGCUGAGUUCCGAUGGGGGGGAGCAGACUGACCAUGACCAAGAUGUCGCGGGGAGUAGUCGACGCCGAUCUUGGUCAUGGCCCACGUCGGCCGUCGCCGACUCGCGCGGCUGAUCUACGAAUCAGCGCCGAUCAAGACGGACGGUGACCAAGAUCGCGACGACGUGUCCGCGUACAGUCGGGGGUUCCCUAGGUCAACGCCUCGACUGUACCUGGGCUUGGGAGCCACGUGGGGCCGACUUCCUCUUUCCGCCCUCCGCUGGCCCAAGCUUGGGGGGCUGCUCGGCGGGCCCGGUUGGGCUGCGCGACAGGGCCCACUGGCCGACCCAGUCUCGGGCCGACCCAGGAUUUAGCGCGUGGUGCCCGAGGGCGCUGGCCAGGAGGGGGUUGAGAGCGAGGGAGAUGGCCAAUUGCCGUGGACCACAGUGCCAAUGAGCAUCUGUGCCUUGUUCCGGAGCGGCUCACUGCGCGGGGAGCGCCUCGCUGCAAC